GAUGGUAAAUAUACUAUGCCUGCCUGCAUGUGAUGCCUCUGUAGUGCUCCUAUAUAGUUCGGCUACCUAAAAACGUGUAGCUGCGAUCCUCUACUCUCAGCUCCGUGCUCUUUUCCUUUCCUUCACUCCUGUGACCCUCACGCUAUGUCCAUUGUCUCGCACACUAUCCUGCGCCCUUUCGGUGUAAACCCGAGCGGCCCCUAUCAUAGACGGCAUGCCUUCCGCCGGAGCUCCGUCAAGGCGACGAACCAGAAGGAGUCUGGGAGUAGCAAGAAGCCGGCGGCGGAUGAGUCGCGUUUGGAGGUUCUCUAUGACGACGGUUUCGGAGCUGUCACCAUGAGGGACUACUUCGAGGCGGUAAGGGUCAUGACCAAGCAGGACCACGGCGGGCCGCCGCGGUGGUUCUGCCCCGUGGAGUGCGGACGGCCGGAGGUCGAAAAGGCACCGCUGCUGCUCUUCUUGCCAGGAAUCGAUGGUGUUGGAAUGGAGCUCAUUUUGCAUCACAAAUCUUUGGGCAGAGUUUUUGAGGUUCGCUGCUUUCAUGUACCAGUAAAUGAUCGUACACCAUUUGAAGGACUAUUACGAAUUGUGGAAGAAUAUGUCAAAUAUGAAAAUGCUUUGUCACCAAACAGACCAAUAUAUAUUACUGGAGAUUCCUUUGGGGGGUGUUUGGCAAUUUCAGUGGCAGCUCGCAAUCCAGAAACUGAUUUGGUUCUUAUACUAGUAAAUCCAGCAACAUCAUCCGCGAAGGAUUCAUUACAGGCAUUAUUGCCUUUUUUGGAAACGGUGCCAAGCAACCUUCCAGUUAUACAUCCUCCCCUUCUCAGAUACUUGAUUGGUAACCCUAUUAAUAUGGCAAUGGUUAGCCUUCAGAACAUUCUUUCCCCUCAAGAGACUUUGCAAGAGCUUUCAGACAGUCUCACGUCAAUGCUACCUUACGUUUCAGAACUGGGAGCUAUCACACGGAUUGAAACUCUUGUGUGGCAACUUAAGCUUCUCAAGUCAGGUGCAGCCUAUGCCAGUUCUCGACUUCACGCAGUACAAGCUGAAGUACUAAUUCUUGCCAGUGGCACUGAGAAUCUGCCGCCAAAAGGAGAAGCAGACCGACUGUUUAAAUCAGUGAAAAAUUGCAAAGUUCGAUACUUCAGGAACCGGGGUGAUAGACUACACAUGGAGGAUGGCUUCAACCUGCUAACUGUCAUAAAAGGAGCCAACAUGUACCGUCGCGGUAGACAACGGGACUCUGUGAUGGAUUUCCUACCACCUACAAGAUGUGAAUUCAAGAGAACAUUCAGUGAAGAUUUCAAGCUGUAUCAUCAGUUGCUGAGCCCAGUCAUGCUCUCUACUAUGAAAAAUGGAAAAAUUGUUCGUGGCCUUUCCGGUGUUCCCGACAAAGGUCCUGUCUUAUUUGUAGGAUAUCACCAACUCUUGGCGAUAGAGUUGUCUUCACUGGUUAAAGGGUUCCUGAGAGAGAAGAAAACAAUUAUCCGAACAGCGGCCCAUCCUGUAUUUUUUGCUGGAAAUUAUGAGAUGUUGCGCCAAGAGCUGUCUCUGUUUGAUUCAUUCUCUAUGUAUGGUGCAGCUCCAGUCAGUCCGACCAAUAUGUAUAAGCUGUUCGAGAGGAAUGAAUUUGUUCUCAUGUAUCCAGGCGGUGUGCGGGAAGCUCUUCACAGGAAGGGUGAGGCAUACAAAUUGUUUUGGCCAGAUCAACCAGAAUUUGUAAGAAUGGCAGCACGGUUUGGAGUUACCAUCAUACCAUUUGGUUGUGUCGGAGAAGAUGACUUUCUCGAGAUAAUUUUGGACUACAAUGAUGAAAAGAAUAUUCCCUAUCUUAGAGACGGGAUAAAAUCAUUCAAUGAAGAUUUCACAGGAAUAAGGGAGACUGUGAAAGGAGAGGAUGGGAAUCAGGUCUUGCAUCUGCCUGCUGUUCUCCCUAAAGUGCCGGGUCGGCUGUACUUCCUAUUCGGCAAGCCAAUAGAGAUGAAUGGAAUGGACAAUGUCUUGAAGGAUAGGGAGAACGCCAACCAAGUGUAUUUGCAAAUCAAAUCGGAAGUGGAGAGCGUAGUGUCUUACCUCAAGAGGAAGAGAAAUGAAGAUCCUUACCGGAGUAUUACGCGGCGCAGGUUUUACGAGGCAACUUGGGGUCCGUCUGCUCAAGUGCCGACAUUUGAACCGUGAAACAUUGGGCCAGGACUGUACUACCUCCAUUUCAAGGAUUAAUGCGUCUUCU